AUGAAAGGGCCUCCCCAGCAACGGCGCUGCGUGAGCUUUCGGCUAAGGGACUCCCCCGCGCUUCAUAACGCGCAGCUGUCUAGCCCUUCUAUGAACGCCAGCGGCGGGGCCCUCCGCAGCGGCAGCUGCAGCGAACUCGCCCUGCCCGCUGGUCUGGACGACGGGCGCGUAGAGUCGCCAACUCUGCCUCGCGCUGCAUCCAUCCCAAACUCAGCAUAUGCAACACGCACGCAAAGUACGACGCGUGUCGUACACGAUGGAUCACCGUUUAGGACUUCUCAGCGGGUUUCAUUCGACUCCGCGCAACUCAAUUUCGCCUCCGCAGCUCUGGUGCCGACCUCCUUGGCUGUGGGCUACAAGCGGAGGAGCUACAGCACCAACGGCACCGAGGCGAUGGAGAGAGCGGCUGCGGCCGCCAUCGGCGAUACGACAGCUGCCACGAAAGCGGGUGCCGUACGGACCCUUAGCUCCCGCCGGAUGGAGGUCUACAGACGGAGCAGCGGCAACGGGGUCGGUUGUGACAGCCGCGGUGGCGGUGCCUUGCCGUAUCUAUUGUCAGACUGCGGAAAAACGGCGGCUGCACCCGCUACCUCCCCUUCCCUAGAGCUGCCGUCGCUUCAGUUUGACCAAGGCGGCCGCUUCUCCGUCGGCCAUGAGCACGCGCCGCCGCUGUCGGCAGCAAGCUCUCGGAACUUACUCAGCACCGUGAAGGACGGCCUCCAACCGCCACCCAUCCCGAAGCUGCGGUGUCUGCAGCCCCCACGGCUUUCCGAGCCGCUGGAAGAAAGUUGCUGCUGCGGCAGUGGCGACACUGGCGACAGCAGCACUGGCGGCAUCAAUUGCGAUUGCGAACCCACGGAGGACGAGGAGGAGGAGGACGAGGAGGAGGAGGGCGAUUUGGAGGCAGACUUUGCUGCGACGGCGAUCAGUUUGUCACCGCGGGCAAGCCAGCCCCGCGUUAUUGUCGGCCAGAUGCGCCCUACCUGGCAGCGGCAGCUGCAGCAAGAGCAGUGCGUGCUGCCUGGCUCAGUAGAGAGCAGCUCCUCUCCAAGAUCGAAUUGCGAAGCCGCGGUGGCGCUGGGGGCCCUGCGCGCCAUGUCCAACUCCCUGACGUACAUGCGACCGCAGCUGGACGAGCAUUCGCCUCCAUCGCCGCUGCUGCCGCAGCAGGAGGAGCAGCAACAGCAACAGCCGAUUGACGAUGUACGGCGGCCGCACGCUGCGGGUUGCUUCUCGGGUCCACCUGGCCAUGUACGCGCCAAGUCACUGAGUGUCCUGCGCCUCAAGGGCAUACCUGAGGAGGACGGACCCGCAGGUCUCCCUGCCCCACGGUGGUCAACGGGCCAGUGCCUUGAGCUGGGCGGCGGCUUGCAAAGGCUCCCAAGCCUAAACAGCCCCAAUGGUCCUGGCGGCAGCGGACCCGGCGGCAAUGCCAGCGGCGGCAGCGGCAGUAGCCGCUUCAGCGGACGCGUUGCGCAGGAGCUGUCCAACAAUGUCGUACAGGUCCAGCGAGCUUGUGGACGGGUGGACAGGUGA